AUGGCCAAGAAUAAUCUACGUGUAGUAUUUUCUCGCAGUCCACCAGAUGCAUACGAUAAUUGCCCGCAUUUUCCAACUCUGGAACCUACAUUUCAAUGUCCGUUUCCAGGUUAUACUUUAGAGGUUAGCAACAAAGAAAAAGAUGGGAGUUUAAAAAAACGUUUUCUUAAAGAUUCUGAAAAUGCUGACAGAUGCUUUGAAAUGGAAUCUGAUUCCUAUCAUCGAUGAUUCUCCAGUUGGAAACGCAGAUUGGGGAACAAAAUUGGAAAAUGGAUCAUGGACUGGUAUGUUGGGAUAUUUGAUGAAUGGUACAUCUGAUACUGUAUGUAUGACUUAUCAAUGGACAAAUACGAGAAGUCAAGAUUUUGAUUAUUCUUAUCCUAUUACAAAUGUAGGUCUUUAUAAUGCCUGAACAAUUCUUUGAACAGAUCCGUUUUAGGUCCAACCAAUUUUUGGUGCUCGCAUAAAAAAUGAAACAGUGUCUUCAGUGUUAUGGAGUGCUUUCAAACCAUUCAGCUGGACAGUUUGGGGAACUCUUUUUGCUAGUUUGAUUUUCAAUAUUUUUGUGAUGAUUUUCAUUUCAAAAAUUGAAUGUAUGGUUUCACUUCGUGAAAAAUUUCAACCUUUCGAGAUGGUUUGGAAUGUUGUUCAAUUACAGCUCAAUGAAAAAUCGGAAAAGUUUAUGUUCUACAUGUUUUCAGGUUGAAAAUAUUGUUUUCAUUUAUUUCAACAUGUUUUUUUCAGGAAAUGUUGUCUUAUUUCUGUUUGCACUUCUACAAUCUGGUUUGAUGAUAAAUUUAUAUAAAGGAUUACUAUUGACAUCAUUGCUCACUUCAGGCGAUGGAACACCGUUUCAGGUUUCAAUUUUAAAUUCUUUAAAAUUGAAAUUUCGUUAAAUCUCAAUUUUUACAGGACGCUGAUGAGAUGAUAAAACUAAUAUCCGAGAAAAAAUAUCAUCUAACAACUGAUUAUUUUGACUGGUAUUUUGAUGACAUAAAAACUUCCAAUGCUUCGUAUUUUAGCAAGCUCCGUGCAGCUGUCAAGAAUAAUCCAGUGGUUUGUUGAGAUAUUUUCUAUUGUCAGUUAUCUCCAAUUCCAGGUAAAUGCAGAAAGUGUGGAAAAUGCUCUAGAUUUAGUGGACACUGGAAGUUAUGUGUAUCCAAUGCAGCAAGACUCAUUGGCACUGCAAAAAUCGAAAGAGCGCUGUGAUUAUUUUUAUAUCACUGAAGGUAUUGUCAAAACUUUUGAAAAUGUUCAACUUUAAAAUAUUCGCUUUUAGGAAUGCCGCAGGUAUCUGCAUACCUUUUAUUUCCGAAAAAUUCAAGUUAUUUGUCUGAGAUCAAUAAACAAAUCAUCAUGAACUAUAACUUCAUCCAAAGAACUUUUGACAAAUAUUUUAAUAGUGGAUAUAAAUUGACAGACAUACCCAAAUGUAGAUUGUCAAACACCGAUUCGUCAACUCUAAAUCCUGAAGAGUCCGACGGACAAACUUCAACAACUACAGUAGCUCGGAGACCGUUAGAUUUGGAAUCAGUGAUUGGUGUUUUUAUGAUUGGUGCAUUAGGAAUUGCUAUAAGUUUCCUCGUGUUUUUUUCAGAAAUUUAUCAUUAUUGGCAUAUGAGAAUAUUAGAAAGACAUAUUCGGUUAAAUAAUCAUUUGAAUGUCGGACAUUUGGUGAGAAUCGCUCAGUUACAUUUAACUACGAAAAAACACUAUAACGAUAUUGAUGUUAUGAAAUUGGUGGAUGUUUUAUCUGGAAAACAGAAAAAAGACAUUUCCACCCAAUAAUUUUUUUCCAGUCUUUGUUCAGUUAAUUUCAAUAAAGUCUGGAAUAUAAAUUUUUGUUUACUUUGAGGAAAUUGGAUACAAUUAAUUAGAUUUUUUGCAAACGAACUGAGUUCGGUUUAUUUCUGCAAACUUUAUCCGAACGAUGCAGAAGAGAGACUUCCGUGUGGUUUUCGCUCGAAGUCCGCCAGAUGCUUAUUCAGACUGUCCGAUGUUUCCAACUCUGGAACCAUCAUUCAAUUGUCCGUUUCCAGGAUACACUUUAGAGGUAACUCACAAAUUUAACGAUAGCUAUUCAAGAACCAUUUUAGAUAUUGAAAAUGCUGGCCGAUUCCCUUCAUUGGAACCUGAUACCGAUUGUGGAUCAGACACCGUUGGGUCAAGCGAAUUGGGGAUCGAAAGUGAAUGGAACAUGGACCGGAAUGUUGACAUAUUUAUUGAAUGGUUCAGCAGACACCGUGUGUUAUACAUAUCAAAACACAUCUGUAAGAGAUGCUGACUUUGAAUAUUCUUAUCCAAUAACGAAUGUAUGUUUCCAAAAAUUUUGAGAAACUACAAAAGUUUUAUUAUAGGUUCAACCUAUUUUCGCAGCUCGUGCAAAAAAUGAGACAGUAGUUUCAGUUCUUUGGAAUGCUUUCAAACCAUUCAGCUGGACAGUUUGGGGAACUCUUUUUGCUAGUUUGAUUUUCAAUAUUUUUGUGAUGAUUUUCAUUUCAAAAAUUGAAUGUAUGGUUACACUUCGUAAAAAAUUCCAACCUUUUGAAAUGAUUUGGCAUGCUAUCCAGUUACAACUAAACGAAAAAGCUGAACAUUUUUAUUCUUCACACUGUCAGGUAAACUUGAAAUUUACUGGAUCAUCAGGAUUUUCUGAUUUUUCAGGAAAUGCUGUUUUGUUUCUUUUUGCUCUUUUACAAUCUGGUCUAAUGAUUGAUUUAUACAAAGGAUUACUUCUGUCAUCUUUGUUAACCUCCAAUGGAGCAACACCAUUUCAAGUUUUUUUUUUCAUUUUUCCAACAAAAAAACUAAUACAAAAAAUAAAUUUCAGAACGCUGACGAGAUGAUUCAACUGAUUGCCGAGAAUAAAUAUCAUCUAACAACUGAUUGGUUGACCUGGUAUUUUGACGAUUUGGAACAUUCAAAUGUCUCGCAUUUUGCUAAACUUCGUGCAGCAAUGAAAGAUAAUCCACUCGUAUGUUUUAAUUGACUUUUUGAACAAUUUUUAUUUUUUUUAGGUAGAUGCAGAAAGCGUAGAAGCAGCUCUUGAUUUAGUUGACACUGGAAGAUAUGUGUAUCCACUUCAGCAAGAUUCAUUAUCGUUUCAAUUAUCCAAAGAACGUUGCGAUUAUAUUUACAUAUUGUCAUUCCGAAAAUAA